AUGGGAUUGGAGCAAUCAACUUCUCAGGAGUUAAGGUCGUUUUCAGAUUGGAUACUUCAAAUCGGUGAAGGUCAAUGUCGAACAGUGGUCAAUGAUAAACUUUUUGUUGAUAUUCCUUCUGAUCUAAUCAUUCCUGUCUUGGAAAAUUCAGUGAAAGAUAUUGUAAAUACAAUCUAUCCGAAUUUGGGUCAAAAUUUUUGUGAUCCAAGUUUCUUCCAGGAUAGGGCAAUUCUGGCUCCAACUGUCGACAAUGUUGAAGAGAUAAAAAAUUAUAUAGUUAAUUUGUUACCUAGUGAGGAGAAAAAUUAUCUCAGUGCUGAUUCGAUAUGUGGUAGUGAUGUCUAUUCUGAUGUUGAUGUUGAUUGGAUAAAUGUUGAAUUCUUGAAUCAGAUUAGGUGUUCUGGUCUACCUAAUCAUUCGUUGAAGUUGAAAAUAGGCGUGUCUAAUAUUUUAUUAAGGAAUAUUGAUCUAGAUGGGGGUUUGUGUAAUGGGACUCGAUUGUGCGAGAUCUAG